GACGACAGCUUGUCUACACAGAUCACCAGUGUCCUCUAAUCGAGCCUGACAAACCCUAACUGUGAGGCGGACGGAAAUUGAAGACCUACAGAUCAAUCAAUGGCGUCAAACUUCUUUAAUAACAAAGCCAGAGCUGCCGCCGCCGCAGCAGCGGCGGCUUCAGGGAGCUCUAAGCAAAAGACCUCGGAGAAUGCGGAAGAACAGGCGCGUUUACAGCCUUGGGUUGAGAAAUACCGUCCCAAAUCGCUAGAUGAUGUCGCAGCACAAGAUCACACAACAGCCGUUCUCCAACGAACAUUACAAGCGUCAAAUCUCCCACACAUGCUCUUCUACGGCCCCCCCGGAACAGGCAAAACAUCCACCAUCCUCGCCCUCUCCAAAUCCCUCUUCGGCCCAGCCCUCUACCGCACCCGUAUCCUCGAACUCAACGCCUCCGACGAACGAGGUAUCAAUAUUGUCCGUGAAAAGAUCAAAGACUUUGCACGAACCCAACUAUCGCACCCCAGUGGUCUAGAUGCAGCCUACAAAGCAAAAUAUCCCUGCCCACCAUUCAAAAUCAUUAUUCUCGAUGAAGCGGAUAGUAUGACUCAGGACGCCCAAUCUGCGCUGAGACGGACAAUGGAACAAUACAGUCGUAUUACGCGGUUUUGUCUUGUGUGUAACUACGUCACCCGAAUCAUUGAGCCAUUGGCGAGUCGAUGUAGUAAAUUUCGCUUCAAGGCGCUUGAUGGCGUUUCGGCAGGUGAUCGGAUAAAUGAGAUUGCACAAGCGGAAGGACUGACGCUUGAUGAUGGUGUGGUUGAUACGUUGAUUAGAUGUAGUGAGGGCGAUUUACGGCGAGCGAUUACAUACCUUCAAAGUGCAGCGAGGCUUGUCGGCGCUACAUCAACACAAAAAGGGAAAAAGGAUCAAGAAGAUACAGAAAUGACGGAUGCGGGUAGUUCGUUGAUUACAGUGCAGACGGUUGAAGAGAUUGCGGGUGUUGUGCCGGAGAGUGUACUCGAUAAAUUGACGCAGGCAAUGCAGCCGAAGAAGAUGGGUUCGGCGUACGAGGCUGUUGCAUCUGUGGUCUCGGAUAUUGUUGCUGAUGGUUGGAGUGCUACACAAAUAUUGACUCAGUUAUACCGACGCACUGUUUUCAACGACGCUAUCCCCGAUACCCAGAAGAACAAGAUCGUCAUGGUGUUUUCAGAGAUGGAUAAAAGGUUACUCGAUGGCUCGGAUGAGCAUCUUUCUAUUCUGGAUAUGGUUCUGAAGAUUUCAGGUAUUCUAGGCUCUUGACGUGUUGGGCUUAAAUGAGUAUUUAGAAUGUACUACGUGAUAUGACUAAUUCCACCUACUAUGAAGUCUUCCGGUUGUUAUGAUACAUCUAAACAAGUUACAGGCUUCUGUAUAAUAUAGAUCAAUUGUAGGUGUA